CCGGAAAUAAAAAACCUAAAAUCCUCUGAGAAAACAAAUAAAAUAAAAAUAAAAAAAUAAAUCCUCAAUUCCUCUGCCCUUUCUCUCUCUAAAAACCUCAUGGAACCCAAUGAACACUACUUCAACCCCACCCCCACCACCACCAACACCAACGUAACCACCGCCACUGCCCCCUCGCCGACUAAUGGGUUGCUCCCGCCGAAUGAUGGGGCCCACAUGCUGUACCCUCACCCCGUGCCCUCAGCGGUGACCUCAUCUCUUGAGCCUCAGAGGAGGAAGCGAGGGAGGCCCAGGAAGUAUGGGACGCCGGAGCAGGCCUUGGCGGCCAAGAAGACGGCGUCUUCGUCUAGCGCUAAGGAGAGAAGAGAGCAGCAGCAAGCACUGGGUGGUGUUGGAGGCAGCUCUGCUUCAGGUUCGCUUUCUGGGUCUUCAAAGAAAUCACAGUUGGCUGCUCUUGGCAAUGCAGGUCAAGGUUUUACUCCACAUGUCAUUGACGUGGCUGCUGGAGAGGAUGUGUACCACAAAAUUAUGCUGUUCCUGCGACAAAGCAAGCGCGAAAUAUGUAUCCUGUCUGCAUCUGGUGCAAUCUCUAAUGCAUCUCUUCGCCAGCCAGCAACAUCUGGAAACAUUUCAUAUGAGGGUCGGUUUGAUAUUAUCUCACUCUCUGGAUCAUACAUACGGACUGAAAUCGGAGAUCAGAGGACUGGUGGGCUCAGUGUUUGUCUAUCUAAUUCAGAUGGGCAGAUCAUUGGUGGAGGAAUUGGUGGACCACUAAUGGCAGCUGGCCCAGUUCAGGUUAUUAUUGGUACAUUUGUGAUUGACCACAAGAAGGAUGCUAGUGCUGGUGCAAAAAGUGAUGCCCCUGGCAACAGGUUGCCUUCACCCAUUGCUGGGACAUCAAUAGCUAAUGCUGGUGGCUUCCGCACAGCCUUUGAAGCUCCUGUAAGAAAUCUGAUUGGGGGAAAUGAUGAUCAAGCUUUCGGGGGAAGUCAUUUUGUUAUUCAACCACGUGGAAUGCAUGCAACACAUUCUCGGCCCCCAGAGUGGAGGGGUGGUCUAGACGGUAGAGCUUCUAGUGGUUUUGAAAUGACAGGUUAGAGUUUAUUCUUCCCUCUCUCUCUUUUUUUGGCCGAAGGUUAGAGUUUAUUCUUGGUUGUGAGUUUUUACACUGCAAAAUAGACUUGUUGUACGGUAUGUUCUCUUUUUCAGGAAGAACAAGUCAUGGAGCUCAUCAAUCUCCAGAAAAUGGAGACUACGAUCAAAUUCAAGAUUAGAUGUGGAUGAAAAACUGCAGCAGAUACCUCUAAUGCGCAUGUUCUUUCCAAAACAUAAGACGAUGCAACGCCUUGCACAUCAUCUGGAGUGUAAUAUGAUACACCUGUACAGAUACAGAUGGUCGCCUUACUAGCUCUUUAAUUUUCUUAGAAUAUGCAACAUAAUUAUGUUCUAUAGGGGGAAAAAAAAAAAAAAGCCUUCAGAAAUCCCAAGUCUUCAGCUACUUUGUUGAAAUACUCUUCACCCAUGAUUGCUGAUA